CCUUAUCUCACACUUAAUUACAAUAUUGCCACUCCUCAAAACCAUACCAUCUAAAACCAAAGAAAUAAACCGUAUUGGUUAAGCUAUGGUGGAUUUAUUGGAGGAGAGGCUAACUCGGACUGACUCGGUCGGUAAGAAACGAGUCAGAGACGAGUUAGGCUUCGACUCGCCGGACGUGAAGCGGUUGAGAGACGAUUUGUUCGAUGACUCGGGGUUUGACCCAGUGAUUCAAGAUCUUGACUCGGUGAUGAAGAGUUUCGAGGAUGAGUUAUCGAACACGACGGCGAAAGGCUCCGGUGACGGUGAAACUCAGCCGGAUCUUGGGUAUCUUUUCGAAGCUUCUGACGACGAGCUUGGUUUACCUCCACCGCCGCCUCUACCGCUGAAUAUUCCUCCGUCUUGUGAGGAAACGGAGGAGACGGUGACGGAAUUGGUACGAGCGUCGUCGGAUUCAUCAGAGGUUGGAGAGUUGUGUGUGUUUGAGGAUCAUGUUACGGAUUUCGGAUCUUGCGAUCUGGGUGAUGAUGGGCUUUUCGAAUAUUCCGAUGUGUGUUUAGAUUCUGGUGAUUUGUUUUCAUGGCGGCCGGAGUUUUUACCGGCGGAGUAAACAAUAUGCCGGGGCAUUUUUAAAAAAGCGGGGAACGAAAUGGUGACGUUUUGCCUCAUUUUUUUUUUCUUUUAUUGUAAUAGGUUUUAGCCUUUUAGGAUCUAUAUAUUUUGUUAAGUUACUAUGGGUUUAGAAAAAUCAAAUGUUUUUUAGUAGGGGUAAAUGGCUUAGAUUAGUUUAUAAGAAUUUUUUUUUUUUCAGGAACUGUUGAUCUUUAGUCGUCUUUUUCCUUUGGUUAGCUUUUGUGUUAUUGUUAAAGUCUAAUAUUAUUAUGGAUCAGAAUAAUUAAACAGAAUCUGAAAUCAUUAUUCACAAAAUAAAAAGUUCUAUACUUUCACUA